CAGUCGCUGCACAGUAGACAGCAGCAGCGGGCGCAACACACAGACGGUCCGAGAAGCAGCGCGCGAUGCUCUGGCUUUAAACCUAUUUGUUUCACGUAUAUUGUGUGACUACAAAGCAAAGAAACCGAGAACGUUUGUCUUUGUGGAUAUCUGAUAUGGCGAGAUCAAGCACGAUCGAUGUGUUUGUGGGAUUUGUUCUAGUUUUGCACGCUCUGGGAAGUGUUUUCCAGAUUACUGGAGGAGAAAUAACGGCGGAAGGAGCUGCUUAUUCAAUUCUUCAGGGAUGGUCACAUGAGGAUGAUGUCACAGUGGAGGUUUUGAGGAGGAAGCGAUGGCUUCUUUUGGAGCCUUCUCCAAUGGAAAGCAACAAAGCCAGUCAAGACAGUUUAAAGCCUGAGCCUCAGGAUUCACCUGGAAUCCUGGAUGAUGACGAGGCAGAUAACAGCUCCCAAAUAAUGGAGGACACAGAUCAUAACUACUAUACUUCAAAGACAUAUGGCCCCAAUGACCCUAUGAGCAAAGAAUUAUGGGUAAAUAUUGAUCAAAUGGAUAAAGAGAAGGUGAAGAUUCAUGGCAUCCUGUCUAAUACACACAGACAAGCUGCGCGGGUCAACCUAUCUUUUAAUUUUCCAUUUUAUGGACUUUCUUUGCGAGAGAUCACAGUUGCAACAGGCGGGUUCAUCUACACGGGUGAUGUGGUGCACAGAAUGCUAACAGCCACACAGUACAUCGCUCCACUGAUGGCAAACUUCGACCCCAGCCUGUCCAGAAACUCAACUGUCAUUUACUUUGACAAUGGAACUGCUCUGGUUGUCCAGUGGGAUCACGUGCAUCUCCAGGAUUCCUUUAAUCAAGGAAGUUUCACCUUCCAGGCCACAUUACACAAUGAUGGACGAAUUGUCUUUGCCUACAAAGAGGUCCCAAUACAGAUUUCAAAGAUCAGCUCUGUCAAUCAUCCAGUGAAAGUUGGGCUGUCUGAUGCCUUUGCGGUGGUUCACAAGAUUCAGCAGAUCCCCAAUGUUCGGAAAAAGACUAUCUAUGAGUAUCACCGAGUAGAGUUGCUAAAGACCAAAAUUACUAACAGUACAGCAGUGGAAAUGAUGCCACUACCCACAUGCAUUCAAUUCAAAAGCUGCUCCUCUUGUAUAACAUCACAGAUUAACUUCAACUGCAGCUGGUGUCACCGGCUCAAUAGAUGUUCCAGUGGCUUUGAUCGCCAUCGACAGGACUGGGUAGAUAGCGGUUGUCCAGAUGAGACAAAGGAUAAUACCUGUGACAUCAUCAGUCCUACUAAUCUCAACCCUCUGACCACUGUGUCACUUUCCAAGCUGACAACAAGGAACAGAGGAACUACUGAGGCUCCCUCCACCCAAGCCACAUCACACAUGCCCACCAGCACACCUACAGAAGAUGACACCAAGAUUGCACUACAUCUCAAAGACAAUGGAGCUGCUGCUGCUAAGAGUACAGCAGAAAACAGCACACAUUCCCUGCACAUGGGUCUGAUUCUCGGCAUGCUCAUGCUUCUGCUUGUGAUGGUUGUCGUCAUUCUGGUUACUGUCUACAUCUACCAUCACCCGAGCUCUGCUGCAGGAAUCUUCUUUAUUGAGAGACGUCCCAGCCGAUGGCCUGCCAUGAAGUUCAGACGUGGCUCAGGUCAUCCAGCAUAUGCAGAGGUAGAGCCUACUGGACAUGAGAAAGAAGGUUUCAUCGAAUCCGAGCAGUGCUGAGAUUUGACCUUUGACUUCUGAAUUCACACACUGCCCAACAACCUUUUUGAUGUCUAACUACAAACCCACACAUCUCGAAUCAUAACUUUCCAUCAGCCCUUCAAAUGCAAAACACUGGCAAAACUGAAAACAAUGAGGGUAUGGCAUUUGAACGGCUAAGGCAUCAGAACAAUAACACAUUUGGAUCCAGCCAUCACCACUUAAAACGUCAACACUCAAAGAAACAUUCAAAGGAAGUGUUUGUUAAUCAGCUGGAUCCAUUACAGGCCCAUGAGCUUCUGCACAUGCUGUUUGGUUCCUGACAAGAUCUUUGUACUGGCCGAGACUUCUUAAACUGAGGGUUGUGUAUGUUUGAUUCUUUAAUUUGAUGAGCCUGUCAGAAAAGAUUUUUUGUUUCUUUUAGGAUUAAAUUGCUUGAUGAUAUGAAAGAGAUGCACAUUCAUUCAAUUCUGUCUUGGAAAUGUUAUAUAGACCUUUAUAUAUCUUUAAAGGGUUUUUUAAAAUUUUCUUUUUCUUUAUGAUUUCAUCUUUUUGAUUUUGAUCUGACGUUUCAGGAUUAUGUAUGACAGAUUUGGAAAGACAUGCACACUGCAGUUUAAAUGUAUUAGGAAAAUGUUCUGUGAACAAAUGCAUUACAACAGUAUUAAAUUGACAUUUAUCCAUGCCUAUUUCAACCUUUAGGACAUAUUUGCACAUAUCCAUUUAACGCACAUACUGUAUAUUGGUUUAUUUUUAUAGUUCCCCUUUAAUGUAUGUUACUAAUGCAAAUUUAAAAGACAGGCGCUUGUGAGAUUGUGUGCUUGUGUAUGUUGAAAAUUAUUUUGUUUUGAUCAAUUUUAAUUAUAUAACACCGUUAAAAAUCAUAAAUUUGUACUAAAUUGGAUUCAUCCCAGUUCAUCUCAAUUUGAAAGAUUGGAACUAGUGCAACUAAGAAUCAAAUGAAGACUGAAAUACUAUAAUGAAUUCAUUUUAAAGUUCAGUACACUACUCUGUAGGUACUCAACAGAAAGAGUGGUACAUCAAAAACAUGAUGAAUAAUACUUUAAUGUGUUCAAAUUUAAUGAGGUACUAUCUUCACUUAACAAGAUUUAUCCUAAAAAAAUUACAUAUUACUUUACAUAUGACCAAAGAACUGUUGUACACAAACAUGUUGGACCAAUAAUAGGAAAUUACUGCAUUACCAUAUCAUAAUCUACAUUUUUUUUUCUUCAUUCUUUGGCCAAAACAGAGGUUAUUCUUAUAGGGUUGCAGAAUAUAGGAAAAUAUUGUGCUAAAUAGUAUAAAUAAUUAUGUGAUAAUAAAAAAUACUAAGUGGCUGUUUGGCCCUAUUUUCAAGUUUACUGUUUACAACUGGAAUGUGACAUUUAAACCAAAUAUACAAAACAUAAUCUAUCUCAACAACUUGACUUAUUUUAACAAACCUAUGGACGGAAUGGAUGAAAUUGUUGAGAAUUUCUUUGUAAAUUUGUUAUGUUCAUUUUUUACAACCCUUAUUGUUUCGAAGCAGCUUUCUCAAUAUAAUCAUAGCAACAUGGUGGGUCACCAAAACCAAGUUUUUUCAAGGGUGAUCUAUUUUAUCAUUUUCUUAACUGGAACGACCUGAUUAUUUUCAGCACAUGUAACCUGUGUGUGUGUGUGUGUGUGUGUGCGUGCGUGCGUGCGUGCGUGCGUGCGCGUGUGCGUGCGUGCGUGUGUGUGCGUGUGUGACAAUGAUUUUUUAAGAACAUGUAUGACUGCAAUGUGAGUUCUAUUUUGUGAAAUUAUGUUUAAUAAGUGGUAACACUGAUGUCUGCUUUUAAAAUUUAAGCAAACAAAACCUAUAUUAUUAACCUGCUUUUUUGGAUAAUCAUAAAAGUCAUGUUGUGCCACAUUGAGAGACAGUGAAAUACACGAUGCCCUUAUCAGUGUACUCUUGUGUUACUACUGUCAUUUCAUUUGCAUAAUAAAAUUUGUUUAAAUAAUGAAA